GACGCCACGGCCGGGCCAUGGGCGUGCAGUGAGCGACGCUGCUGCGACUUCUCUGGGCGGCGCGCGUCCUCGGUCACCAUGAAAGACGACUUUGCGGAGGAAGAGGAGGUGCAGUCCUUCGGUUACAAGAGGUUUGGUAUUCAGGAAGGAGCACAGUGUACCAAAUGUAAAAAUAACUGGACGCUGAAGUUUUCCAUCAUUUUAUUAUACAUUUUGUGUGCCUUGCUGACCAUCACAGUAGCCAUUUUAGGAUAUAAAGUUGUAGAGAAAAUGGACAAUGUCACGGGUGGCAUGGAGACAUCUCGCCAGACUUACAACGACAAGCUCACUGCAGUGGAGAGUGACCUGAAAAAAUUAGGGGACCAAACUGGGAAGAAGGCUAUAAGCACCAACUCAGAACUUUCUACCUUCAGAUCAGAUAUACUGGAUCUCCGUCAACAACUUCAGGAAAUCACAGAAAAAACCAGCAAGAACAAAGAUACGCUGGAGAAGUUACAGGCCAGUGGGGAUUCACUGGUGGACAGGCAGAGUCAACUGAAAGAAACUCUGCAGAAUAAUUCUUUCCUCAUCACCGCUGUCAACAAAACUCUGCAGGCAUAUAACGGCUAUGUCACAAAUCUGCAGCAAGAUACCAGUGCGCUCCAGGGCAAUCUGCAGAGCCAAAUGCACUCCCAGAAUGUGGUUAUCAUGAGCCUCAACAACCUGAACCUCACCCAGCUUCAGCAGAGGAAUCUUAUCACAAAUCUGCAGAGGUCUGUGGAUGACACGAGCCAGGCUAUCCAGCGAAUUAAGAAUGACUUCCAAAAUCUGCAGCAGGUUUUCCUUCAAGCCAAGAAGGACACCGAUUGGCUAAAGGAGAAAAUACAGAACUUGCAGACAUUAGCUGCCAACAACUCUGCUCUGGCCAAAGCCAACAAUGACACGCUGGAGGAUAUGAGUAGCCAGCUCAGCUCAUUCACAGGUCAGAUGGACAACAUCACCACUGUCUCACAGGCCAAUGAGCAGAGCCUGAAAGACCUCCAGGACUUACACAAGGAUGCAGAAAACAGGACAGCAGUCAAGUUUAGCCAACUAGAGGAACGCUUCCAGGUCUUUGAGACAGAUAUUGUGAACAUCAUUAGCAACAUCAGCUACACAGCGCAUCACCUGAGGACGCUGACCAGCAACCUGAAUGAAGUCAGGACCGCUUGCACAGACACCCUAACCAGACACACUGAUGACCUGACUUCCUUGAAUAACACACUAGUCAACAUCCGUUUGGAUUCUGUUUCCCUCAGGCUGCAGCAAGACAUGAUGAGAGCAAGGUUAGACACUGAAGUGGCCAAUUUAUCAGUGAUUAUGGAAGAGAUGAAGCUGGUUGACUCUAAGCAUGGUCAGCUCAUCAAGAAUUUUACAAUUCUACAAGGUCCUCCUGGCCCCAGGGGUCCAAAAGGUGACAGAGGAUCUCAGGGACCACCUGGUCCAACUGGCAACAAGGGACAAAAAGGAGAGAAGGGAGAGCCUGGUCCACCCGGCCCUGCAGGCGAGAGGGGCCCAGUUGGGCCAGCAGGGCCCCCCGGAGAGCGUGGCAGCAAAGGAUCCAAAGGCUCACAGGGUCCCAAAGGAUCCCGUGGGUCCCCAGGGAAGCCUGGCCCUCAAGGGCCUAGUGGGGACCCAGGUCCAGCAGGUCCACCGGGCAAGGAUGGACUCCCUGGCCCUCAGGGCCCUCCUGGCUUCCAGGGACUGCAGGGCACUGUGGGCGAGCCUGGAGUACCUGGGCCUCGCGGACUGCCAGGCUUGCCAGGGGUGCCAGGCAUGCCCGGGCCCAAGGGACCACCCGGCCCCCCCGGACCCUCAGGAGCAAUAGAGCCAUUAGCCCUGCAGAAUGAGCCAACCCCAGCAUCAGAGAUCAACGGCUGUCCGCCUCGCUGGAAGAACUUCACGGACAAAUGCUACUAUUUCUCGGUGGAGAAAGAAAUUUUUGAGGAUGCCAAGCUUUUCUGUGAAGACAAGUCUUCUCAUCUCGUGUUCAUAAACUCAAGAGAGGAGCAGCAAUGGAUAAAAAGGCAGACGGUGGGGAGAGAGAGCCAGUGGAUCGGCCUCACAGACUCCGAGCGCGAAAGCGAGUGGAAGUGGCUGGACGGGACGCCUGUUGAUUACCAAAACUGGAAAGCUGGACAGCCAGAUAACUGGGGCAGCGGCCAUGGGCCAGGAGAAGACUGUGCUGGACUGAUCUACGCCGGGCAGUGGAAUGACUUCCAGUGUGACGAAAUCAACAACUUCAUUUGCGAGAAAGAAAGGGAAGCAGUACCAUCAUCCACAUUAUAACAGAGUGUGAUAUAAUGACAGGAACAUAUUUUCGGAUGCCUCUGAAAGGUGAAGGAGACUCCUUUCCGAUUCCAUCACUUCUCACCAGCAUAGGUGAGAAAAGCCCUGAAAAGCAGUUAUUCAAAACAAAUGGACACCUACUGUAACAUAAGGACUAAGGAGUUAAAAUGUUCCCCCAAGUUGAUCUGUUGAUUUCCAGUGUGCAAAUGGACUGAAUCAUAUAGAUUUUUCUCAGCCAUUAACCAUACAAUUUAUGCAAAUUAUAUCUUCCCAAAUGUGGAAUGCUCCAAUCAGAAAAAAACUAUCACCGUGUUAUCAGUGCAUUUCUAAAAUCCCAAAUCUAGGAAGAAUAUGCAGACAUACAGAUAUAUAGGCCACCUUUUAGUAAUAAUAUGAAAUAUACCUAAAGAGCUUUAAACAUUGUAUUUUUGUACAAAAUAUUUGCCUUUUACAAUCAUUUUUCUUUUUUAAAUUUUACCUAUAUAAUACAUAAAACCAAAGAAAACAAUAAUGGUACUAAUAAA